AUGGAAACAACUACAGCCAAGGCUUUGAAAGAGAGGGACACUACUGAGCGAGCACAGUUUGUUGUGCAUUUAACUGAUGACACUUGUCGUACCAUUGAAUAUCAUACUUUUGAUGGUCCUGUCAAUCCUGGAAAAAUCAAGAUUGUACCAACUUCAUUUAAAUUUCGCUUGACCAUCAAGGCUACUCAAUUCAACAUCAAUGAUGAACUUGGAUACGAAUAUAAAAAAUUUGAGAAAUGGCUCAUGACUCAGGCUGGCUACGAGGGAACCCCACUUGUCGAUGGUAAGCAUGACCAAGACGAGUUUGUCAAGCACUGUGUGGCUCAUUUGAUUAUUCAUGGAAAGCGUCCUGAUUUUACUGAGAAAAUGUCGUUGCUGAUCAAAUUGAAUCUGCGUACGCCUAACACCAAGGACAAGGAGAUUUUUGAGUUUGCCAAGCACAACGUGCUUGCCGAUAUUCAUCGCCUGCGAAAGGAUGAUGAGAUCCACGCCACUACUGUUGGUGCCAAGCUGCCCACUACUCUUGAUACCUAUGAGAUUAUUCAAGCUGCUGAGCAUCCAGUGCAAUAUGGCAUCAUGCACUUUUCCAAGAUUCAUGUUGGCAAUCAGAUCUAUGUGCAUGUACGUGUUCACGAGUAUAGCGAUGGUAAUCUCGAGUUCCAUGCUAUUGACACCAGUCGUGAUUCAGCUGCGUGGACCAAGACAGAUCCUCUUGUCUACUUUGAUUUUUAA